UCAGCAACUUAUGGCGGGACUGCGGCGGACAUUCUGACACUGGGGGGGAACUGACUUGGGGUCACUGACAUCCCCAGUGACACCAAUACAGUGAUCAGUGCAAAAAAAAAAACCCACUGACGCUGUACUAAUGGCACUGGGGAGGAAGGAGUUAACAUUUGGAGGCAAUCAAAGGGUUAACUGUGUGAGGAACGUUUUUUCGCUAGGGGGCGGGGGGGUGUGUGCUUCACAGCAACACACUGAUCCAGACAGUUCUGCUCAGCGUUCCGGAUCAGUGUGAUCAAACUGACAGGGAGGAGAGCUGCAGUGUAAACACUGCAGCCGUCCUCCCUGUCAGUGUUUGCCGGUAAUUGCUGGGCUCCGGCGGAUAAUCAU